AUGGAGUUUGACGAUCCCUACUGGCAGCACCACGGGGCUCUGGCGCCUCUGCAGCCAGGUCCCGACGAUCUGGACGUGAUCAUGGAGGACGAGUUUGCCACCCUGCCCAAGUUCACCACCAACGGCCAGUUCCCCCACUCGCAGUUUGGUGAUAAAUUCACCCUGAUUGAUUCGCUCAAUUUCCGCCCGCCCCAGCUGGGGUUCACCCAGUUGGGCAACUCUCUGUCGACCAACGUGCUGGAGAUCAGUGGCGGCGGCGCUCCCCUGAUCAAUCUGAUCACGCAGCUGCCUGGAGGGGGCGCAGUGGCCGAUGUCGCCGCCAGCCCCCAGAUGGCGCACAUGAGCGUCAACAACUCUUCUGGAAGCGAUCCGCUUGUCCAACUGCUGUUUGGCAACCAGCCACUGCAGUUUUCCAGCGGGUUGGGGGUCCAAGUGAGCCAACAGCUGCCGGUCCAGCCCAUGUUUGGCGCGACUCAGCUCCAGCUUCAGCACCAGGAACUGCAGCGUCAGGCGGAGCAGGCUCGGCUUCAAGCACAACAGGCCCAACAGGCUGAACAGGCGCAGCAAACCCAGCGAGCUCAGCAACAACAGGUGCAAUACGCGCAACAGACGCGCCCUUCACAACAAAACGCCGGCCAAACCCUGAUGUUUGGCAGCUCACUCAACCAUCAAAACCAGAGUGUCACCACUCAGGCCCCUCCUCAGCCCUCGAGUGCCAACUAUGUCUACUUCAACCGCCAACCUCAGCUGCUCACAAAGGAAACGCAAGACCGAGCCGCGGCGAUUAAGUUGCGUAUUGAAAACUACUAUAAUCUCAGUGUAUCUCACGCUGUCGAACGUAACCAACGGCGAUUGCAGCUUGAACAGAAGCUUGCCACUGAGGAAUCACACGCACUGGAAGAGCGUAAGAACCGCCAGCUCCAAAACCUCGGCCGUAAAGAGUCGCAAUUUUUGCGUUUGAGACGGACCAAGCUUGGCUUGGAGGACUUUACCACCGUUAAAGUGAUUGGUAAGGGGGCCUUCGGGGAAGUGAGACUCGUACAGAAGCGGGAUACGGGGAAGAUCUACGCAAUGAAGACAUUACUUAAGCUGGAGAUGUUCAAAAAGGACCAGUUAGCCCACGUCAAGGCCGAAAGAGACGUGUUGGCGGGGCUGGACUCGCCGUGGGUGGUGCUGUUGUACUACUCGUUCCAAGACGCUCAGUACCUUUAUCUCAUCAUGGAGUUCUUGCCCGGUGGUGAUUUGAUGACUAUGUUAAUCCGUUGGCAGAUUUUCACCGAGGACAUCACCCGGUUCUACAUGGCCGAGUGUGUGUUGGCGAUUGAAGCCAUCCACAAGCUUGGAUUCAUCCAUCGUGAUAUCAAGCCGGAUAACAUCUUGAUUGAUAUCCGCGGCCACAUUAAGCUCUCGGACUUUGGGUUGUCCACUGGUUUCCACAAGACGCAUGACUCCAACUACUAUAAGAAGUUAUUGGAAAAGGAGAUGGCGCUGACCACGCCGCAGUCGCUGUUAGCGGGGGCGGCGGGGCGCAAUCUGAUGAUGGUCGACGCCAUCCACUUGACGAUGCUGAACCGUCAACAGAUGCAAACGUGGCGUAAGCUGCGGCGGUUGAUGGCGUACCUGACAGUGGGUACUCCCGACUACAUCGCUCCCGAGAUUUUCAUCCACCAAGGCUACGGUCAAGAGUGUGACUGGUGGUCGUUAGGGGCAAUCAUGUUUGAAUGUCUCAUUGGCUGGCCGCCGUUCUGCUCCGAGACUCCUCACGAGACUUACCGCAAGAUCUUGAACUGGCAAGAAACUCUCAAUAUACCCGAGGACAUUCACCUUAGUCCCGAAGCCGAAGACUUGAUUCGCAAGUUGUUGACACUGGCUGAGCAUCGAUUAGGACGUUACGGUGGUGCAGAAGAAAUCAAACAACACCCGUUCUUCCGUGGUGUUGAUUGGGACACCAUCCGCAAGGUGGACGCGCCGUUUAUCCCCAAGUUGCGGUCGAUCACCGACACCCGGUUUUUCCCUACCGACGAGUUGGAGGGUGUGCCCGACUCACCAGCGUUGGCGAAGGCGAUGGAAGAAGCAGCGCAAGGGUUGCCUGCCACCAAGAAUGCCAAGGAGGACUUGCCGUUCAUUGGGUACACGUACUCGAGAUUCGACUACUUGACCCGAAAGAAUGCCCUCUAG